AUGAAAGCACUUGUAUUAGGUGGUACUGGCUUUGUUGGAAGAAAUUUAGUCAAAAUGCUUGUUGACAGUAAUGAAUAUUCAUUCAUUAGAUCAGUAGAUAAAGUCUUCCCAGAAACAGCAUAUCUUAGUAAAGAACAUGCAUCAGUAUAUGAAAAUCCAGAGAAGUGUGUAUUUGUACAAGGAAAUUUAGUAAAUGCAGCAAGUGUUAAUAAAAUGUUUAGUAUUGAAGGAGGAUUUGAUGUUGUUUUUGAUUGUGCAGCUGAAACUAAACUUGGACAAGAUGAAUUUAUGUAUGAACAAAAGACAUAUGGAUUAACUAAACUUGUUGCAGAAGAAGCAGUUAAACAAAAAGUAAAGAGAUUUAUUCAUUUAAGUAAUGCACAAGUAUAUGAUUCAUCAUCUAAAGCAAAAGAUGAAAAAGCUAAAAUUAAACCAUGGACUAAACUUGCAGCAUCACAAGCUAAAGCAGAUGAAUUACUUAUUGGAAUGAAAGAAUUACCAUUUGUUAUUUUAAGACCAGCUAUUAUUUAUGGACCAGGAGAUGUAACAGGAAUUGCACCAAGAAUUAUUUGUGCAGCAGUUUAUAAAUAUACUAAAAAGAAAAUGGAAUUUUUAUGGACAGGAGAUAUGAAAUUAAAUACUGUUCAUGUUCAUGAUGUUUGUAAAGCUAUGAUGUUAUGUGGAAAAAUUGAUGGACCAAUUAAAAAUGGAGAAAUUUAUAAUCUUUGUGAUAAGAAUGAUACUAAUCAAAAGAAAAUUAAUACAAUUCUUGAAGAAAUCUUCCAAAUUAAAACAGGAUUUAAAGGAACAAUUAUUUCUACAGCAGCAGAAAAACUUGGAAUGGAUGGUGUUUGUGAAACUGUUAAUGAUGAACAUAUGAAACCAUGGUCUCAACUUUGUAAAGAAGAAAAUCUUAUUGGAACACCAUUAUCACCAUAUCUUGAUCAAGAACUUCUUUAUAACAAUCCAUAUUGUAUUGAUGGAAGUUCAAUUGAAAAGAAAGGAUUUGUUUAUGAUUAUCCAGAAGUUACUACUGAACUUGUGAAAGAAGAAAUUAAGUAUUUCUCAGACCAAAAACUUUUCCCAAGUUAUGCUUAA